AUGACAGACAUCGUAGAUCAACAUCCAAGACGACAUUCGUUGGUGCAGCGAAACAAUGAAGGUAUGGCAGUAGGCACUAACCUGACAACACCUCUGAAACACGACAUCCGGCCAGGUGCCCCUCACAGCCAUGGCGGCCGCCGCUUGUCCCAGUUUUCUCACAGCAGUUUCUCCGGGUUCAGCUUCCAGAGAGACACGAAAGAGCAUCCACAGUUUCAGAACACAUACCGUAUGGGUCCAAGUUCAGACGAGAGGUUCCAGUCCAAAAAAGCGGAGGAGAUAAUGAAGUCGGUGUUGGAAUCGUAUCUUGGGGGAGAGAAGUACGACACCUCAAUCUGUGGCAGCCUGGCCAAGGAAAUGUCUGAUGUCAUCAAGGCAAGAAUGAAAGACGCCGGCUUCAGCCCGAGGUACAAGUUUGUGUGUUUGGUGUUGGUGAGCCAGAACCAACGCCAGCAGAUGGUGGUUGCCAGCAGAAGUGUGUGGAACACGGACACAGACAACUUCGCCUCAACUUCUUUCUCACAGGCCGACCUCUUUGCCGUGGCCAAUAUUUACGCUACAUAUUUUGAAUAG